UAAAGGGUUUGUUGUAUAGACUUAACGUGUAAACACAAUUAUUUUAUUCUGUCGUACGCAGCCAAAACCAUGAGAAAAAUCGCGAGUAAAUUUUCUAAUGCUGCUAUAAGUAUACUUAAACAACAAAGUUUGAAAAAUAAAUUUUGGAACGACGACAAGUAUUCAUCGAUCUAUUGGACAAGUGUGUUGAUUGGAUCCUUUAUAUUGACCGUAUUUUUGUCAUAUGACAUAGUCUUGAAAUGGUACAGUGCUCCAGUAAACAGAUUCAACAUCAAUGAACCGCGACACUUAUCGGAGAAUCCGUUCCCCGCAAUCACGAUUUGUCACAACGAUCCGAUUAAUUCAAACACGUUCAACUUGGAAUCUGUGUUGAGUUGGGAGCGACAAAAUAAAACAGACGAAGAAUGGCAAACAUUGAACAUAAUAUACAGCUUGUGUUCUUGGAAACAUAAAAUGUUUAAGCUAGAAAAAAUCAAUCCUGAAAUAGUCUUUAAUGUGAUAAAAGAAUUCACCGUUAAAUGCGAGGACACAGUGAAACAAAUUCGUUGGAAAGAUACAAUAAUCGACCGUCCGUGUGAAAUACUGCAGCCUACGUUUUUGUUGAACUAUUUGUGUUACAGUUUUAACGCUUUGCCGUAUCAUGAUAUGUACAGACAAGUGCCCAAUAGAUUACAAGAAGUACUUCAUAUUGGUAAAAAAUGGUCGAAUUUAAGGAGCAACUGGAAUUCGGAUGAUGGUUACAGAAACGAUACAUUCGUACCAUGGAAAAUUGAAUCGAUCGACGAGUGGAAUUCUGUAGAGUUUAUUUUAGCGCAGAAUAAUACAUCUAUUGGCUGCUCGAACAAAGAUGGGUUUACAAUUUAUUUUCAUACGUCUUCGGAUGUCCCAGAUUAUUCACAUUCGUCUAUAAAAAUUUCGAAAAACACACACAGCCUUGUGCAAAUCGUAACUCAACUGUCAGUGACCGACGUGGACUUAAAAAAUUGGACCCCUACAGCAAGAGGAUGUUAUUAUUUGAACGAGAAAUGGCUGAAGGACACUAAAAUUUAUUCGUACAUUAACUGCUACGUCGAAUGUCAAGUGAAUAUCACAAAUAGGUUGUGCGGUUGUGCUCCGAUCAUUAGAAUAAACAGUUCUCUUCCUGUGUGCGGACCAAAAUCAAAUAGUUGUUUAGCCAACGCCGCAGUUCUAAUACAAAGAGCACACCGUACAUGCAAAUGCUUGCCGUCUUGCACAGAUUUUGAUUACGAAUUAUCGUACUCGACAAUUCCUAAAAAUUUCAGUUUCGUGAAAAACUCAUUAUCAUUUUUCAACAAGUCAUCCGACAAUAAUGCACUCAUCAAUGAAUUGGCCAGCAUCGAGGUGACAGUUAAUAGGGAUCACACAUGGCCUUUGAAGAGAAAGGCAGAAGAAACCAAUAUAGGCUACAUAGGACAAAUUGCUGGAAUAACAAAUUUGUGUCGCGGAAUCAGUCUGAUUUCAGUCCUUGAAGCAUUUUAUUUUUUGUUUAUUAACCCUUUCUUUAAUUGAGGUGAAACUUAAUCUCGAUUUUAUGAUUUUAAUUCAUGCAAAAGGUACAGUAAAAUACCUAUGAAUUCACAAAUUUGUAUAAUUUAAUGCUACUCUCAUUUGUGCUAUAGCUAAUUAAGUAUUAUAAUUAAAUCGCAUAUGUCUUUUUUGUCACUUGCUUUUGUCGUAAUAUCUGAAAAAUAGUACAUAGUUGUAGAAUAAAUAACUGGGAAAAAAAAUAAUACAAAUGUGUCAUAUAAAUUAAA